AUGUCAAGCAUGACAUCAGACUUCACCUACGAGAAUGUCCUCCUGCCCAAUCCCUCCCACUACAUCCGCCUCCUCCACCUCCACCCUCCUUCACCUCUAGUCCCCGGUGAUGCCUUUUCAUCUCCCCUCCACUGCUCCAUCUCUGUCUGCUCCAUCGACCAACCCACCCCUUACCACGCCAUCUCCUACACAUGGGGUCCUCCAAACAACGAGCGUCACUAUCUCCAAGUUCAUCAUCAUAACAACCCCGACUCACCAUCCCAGCAACUCCCCAUCACCACCUCCCUCGACACUGCCCUCCGCCAUCUUCGCCAACUCGCCUCAGGGAAAGUAGCCACGCUCUGGAUCGACCAAAUCUGUAUCAGCCAAGCCGAUAACGCCUGGGAAGAAAAGUCGAAGCAGGUCGGGAUAAUGCACAUGAUCUACUCAUCCGCCGAGCAGGUGCGUGUGUGGCUGGGGCCGGCAGAAAAUGGGUCAAACGAGGUGAUGGAAAUGUGGGAAGAAGUCGGCAGGAAAUGCGAACAAGAAGUCAAUCUAGCCAGCUACUUCUCCUCCAACCUGAGUGCCAUCCACUCGCUUAUCGACCAUGUGAACAAUCGGACUCCGGACGAUCCAGUUACCCAGCGAAUUCAGAGGUACAUGGACUGGGCGGCGCCGCGAAUGAAGCCCUACCUGAAGGGGAUGACGGUCAUGUUUUCCCGGCCGUGGUUUCGUCGCGUUUGGGUGAUUCAGGAGUUUGCCCUUGCGGCAAACACGGUGUUUGUUUGUGGGCUGAAGUUCACACAGGCGCAGUAUCCGGCGUGGGUGCUGAACAUGUUUUCUCACUGCAGAAGCCGGAUCUGGCCGGGUGGCUUGACAGAGGAUGACUUUGAGGUUUCGAAUAAGUUAUGGAAUCCAGCGUUCGACACGUUGUUCACGAUCAGGAAACGGAGACAGGAUCAUGAUAAUGCGGUGAAACGAGGUCUGCUGGGUAAAAACGAAAGCCCGCCACCAGGUCCGGGUGCUGGAGAUUAUUUGUUUGAUCUCCUGGUCAGGACUUCGAGUGACCAGAGGAUGGAGGCUACCGAUCUGCGAGAUAGAAUCUACGCGUUGCUCGGCGUGGCGGUCGAUCGAGAGAAGCUGGAACGGUUGGGAUUAAAGCCAAAUUAUCAGAAGCGUAACUUCGAGGAGGUCCUACUGGCUACCGCUCGGGCUAUCAUACUCCGCGGGGAAGUGCAGAUACUGUCCUUUUCCCAGUUUCCCAAGCAGCACACCCUUCCCUCCUGGGUACCUGAAUGGAGACCUGGCCUGGCAACUCCAUAUUUCCACUACAGCAACAGGUCGCUAGCCCGUCUUCCCCCCAUGUUUACCGCGUCUGGAAGCUCAAAAUCCGCAGUUAUCCAAAUGGAUAACCCGGCCAUCAUCGGCCUGCGCGGUUGUCGAAUCGAUAUCGUCGAGGACACAUCCGACCCUUGGGCACAAACCGAGUGGGGCAUAAGCAAUAACUCCUCCUACCUCACCUUCCUCCGACAAGUCCAAGCCCUUUGCAAUCGAUCUGCUGUCAAAGAACAGAAUAUUUAUCCCUCCGAGCCACGCCGGGCGGAGGCAUUCUGGCGAGUUCCCGUUGCAGACUGCGAGAUCUCCCCAAACGGCCUAGCCCGCGCCACCACUGCGCAGUCAGCCGAGAUGUAUGCCUACUGUCUAGAAUCAUGCGAGCUGUUUGAGUCCGUCUCCCCGUCUCAAUGGGAUUCAAAGACUGCAGCUAGGCACAAGGAGCUCCGCCCGGGACGUGUGUACUCUACGUGUCUGGGAAGGACAGCCAACAAGAGGCCAUUUCUCACGGAGAGAGGGUAUGUUGGCCUCGGACCACUUUCCACGCGAGCUGGAGAUAUUGUCGUCACUUUUUCUGGGGCACCGAUCGUGUACCUUGUUCGAUCGACGGCACGCGAGGGACAUUUUGAAUUUCUUGGUGAUGGCUACUGUGAUGGGGUCAUGGAUGGAGAAGCGUGGGAUGAAACAAAGGCUGAGACCUUCUUUCUUGUCUGA